UUUUGCCUUUCUCUUUUUAAGCAUUUAAGAAAUAGAAAUGGCUUCCAAAAGAGCGCUGGUCAUCCUGGCCAAAGGAGCAGAGGAGAUGGAGACGGUGAUCCCUGUGGAUGUCAUGCGGCGGGCCGGGAUUAAAGUCACCGUUGCAGGCCUGGCUGGGAAAGAGCCCGUGCAGUGUAGCCGUGAUGUCAUGAUCUGUCCCGAUGCCAGUCUUGAAGAUGCAAGAAAGGAGGGGCCGUACGACGUGGUGGUUCUUCCAGGAGGAAAUCUGGGGGCACAGAAUUUAUCUGAGUCGCCUGUGGUGAAGGACAUCCUGAAGGAGCAGGAGAGCAGGAAGGGCCUCAUAGCUGCCAUCUGUGCGGGUCCUACAGCUCUAUUGGCUCAUGAAAUAGGUUUUGGAAGCAAAGUUACAACACACCCACUGGCUAAGGACAAAAUGAUGAAUGGAAGUCACUACAGCUACUCAGAGAACCGUGUGGAGCGGGACGGCCAGAUCCUCACCAGCCGAGGGCCUGGGACGAGCUUCGAGUUUGCACUCGCCAUCGUGGAGGCACUCAGCGGCAAGGAUGUGGCCGACCAAGUGAAGGCCCCGCUUGUGCUCAAAGACUAGAGCCUAACCCUGGACUCCAAGGUUGAGGCAGCCGUCGGGAGCCCCCCAUGUGUCCAGAAGCCGCGAACCACCCGAAGUGGCACGUGAAGUAGCCGCUGCACAGGGGUCUCACCCUGAAGCCUGGUCUGUACAUUUCUGAACCUUGCUGG